CUUUUUCUAUUAUAAAUAUAAUGUUACCAAAGUCAUUCUUCACACUCCAGUCCAGUAGGUGGCGGAAAUGCACCUAGCAGUGGGUUUGCAACCCGCCAUUGAAACGAAUAGAAGAAAAAGAAAGAAGAGCGGUCGAUGAGAACAUAAAGAGGUGACAGCAUGGACCCUGCAGCACUAAGAGUACUUAUUGCACAGGACAUUAGGAAGUUAGUUCUUCCCAAAGGAAUCCCAAAUACUGUGGAUGAACUAAAGAUGGCUAUUAAGGAGGCGUUUAAUGUCACUGAGGAUUUCUCUCUUCAUUAUAAGGAUUCUGAGUUUAAUGACUUCUUUACCCUUACAUCCACCGACCUAAUUCAGCACAAGGAUACUAUCAAAGUUAUAUUUCCUGCUCCUAUUGUUCUAACACUGUUUGCUGGAAAUGAAGAAAACCUUUCUGCCACUACAUCAUUCUCAGCAGACGAAGGAUCCUCUGUUUCCUGUAGUGCAUGUUCAGUUGAGGAAGCAAUCCCACAUAAAUCCCCAUCCUCUGGGGAAACGGACAUGGUUUACGAACAUACUACCCCAGAGAGGCUGCCAUGGCCUCAAGAAUUCCCUAUCCCACCUUUUUCUCCAGAGGUAGAGAUGGUGGUGAGAAAGGCUAUGGAGGAUUACAACAGAGAUGGUAGACUUCUAAAUGUCCAAAUUGUGAAAAAGGAUAUAAAUGAUCAUUUAGUUAAGGCUAUUCACGUCUACACAUCGUAUCCUUCUGGAAAGCAGAUAAAAAUUGUGGCUGAAGCGCUUAUCCGAAAAUACCCAUGUCUGCGUGAACCGGGCUCCUAUAGUGGCAUUCAUGGCUGGCAAAUAAGCCUGAAGUACAAAAUGGCUUAUUACAGAAGACGACUCAGCCAGUUUGGUUUUCCUGACGUUACGUGUAACACGUUAAAGCAGAAGAACCCCGAGGACAGGACGUCGGCGAAAAAUGUCAAAAAACCCCGUAAGGCAGAAGUUAAUUACCUACCGCAGUACCCACCUGGUGAAAACCAGGACAGUUUGGAGCAAGAGAGACUUAAUCUGCUGACUGAAGUGAAAAUAAAAAACAAUGCCAGUGUGGUGAAAGACAAAAUGUCAAAAACGUUUGCUCUCCGAAGACAUGAGGUGGUUGAACUGUGUCCUGGUAUUGCAGAAUUCAAAGACCGCUGGCCAGCUCUCUUUGACGUUUUUCAGAUUAAUGAAGAAUUUCGGAGAAUCACUACUCUGCACCUCGAAUCAACAUUUAUGAAGAUGUUAGACCUCUACACUCCAAAACUUUUGGCCAUAUUUGCUAACAUAAGGGGAGCGCUAGGCCGGAAUUUGAAGGAGAAAAUGGAUGCCCUGAUGGAGAAUCCUAAAAGAGACAUCAAUAUGACAAGAGACGUUGUCCUCCGUUGCCUGAUCUGUUAUCUGGGUGAAAAAGAGGAUGACCUCAUCCAAGAGACCUUUUGUGACACUAAAGAUGUGAAGCAAGAAGUACUGGAGCACAUAAUGAAAAUUUCCAUCUGCAAGGGAGAUGAUCAGGAGGACGUCAGCAUCAUUCUAGAGGGGGUGCAAGUCAUAGCUGGAUUGGGAAAUUUGUCUAGAGCCUGUGCUAUUCUUCUUGGCCUCACGUAUGCACUGAACCUCGUCUAUCCGCAAAAACUGAAAAACACGUUUGAGGCAUUUCAAAAGCUGUUCUUGGAACUCGAUGUGUCGAAGUUGUCCUUCAGAUUAGUGACACUUAAAAACAGACUUAUGACAUAGAAUCAGAGACAAAACACUGAACAAAGUUCUGUUCAUUGAGCGUUUGGAUUUAUGUUUUGCUAUACAUUUUAAUAAAGAAGUCCUGGAUGUGACUUUUUCCCACAUUUUUGUGUAACAAAAGUUUAUAUUCACAUGGGUUUUUUAUCUUUUAUUUUAUAACGACUUUUUUGUACUGUACCCAUGAAAAAUAAAACAAGAAUAAAAGAAUGUUUACCAUCAAAAA